GUUUCUCUUUUUUCGUUUUGUUGUGGAAAUUUAUUCGAGUACCCGGAUUCCGGACCCGACUCCUGUUACUCAAUCCAGUUCCUCUCCCUCCCUCCCACCCCGGUCUCCGUCGUGAGUGUGCAGAGAAACAAUGGAGUGCGUGGUUCAGGGAAUUAUCGAGACCCAACAUGUUGAGGCCCUGGAGAUUCUUCUUCAAGGACUUUGUGGUGUUCACAGGGAGCGCCUAAGGAUCCACGAGUUGUGCCUAAAAAGUUGUCCAAAUCUAGGUUUAGUUUCUUCAGAGGUUCGACUUUUGUGUGAUCUGGAGCAGUCUGAACCAACUUGGACGGUUCGGCAAGUUGGUGGUGCAAUGAGAGGUGCUGGUGCUGAGCAAAUUUCGGUGCUGGUCAGGAACACCGUAGAAAGCAAAAUAAGCAAGGAUGCACUACGCUUAUUUUAUGCACUUGGCUACAGGUUGGACCAUGAACUGCUGAGAGUAGGAUUUGCCUUCCAUUUCCAGAGAGGAGCUCAGAUAACUGUAACUGUGUCUUCAAUCAAUAAAAUGCUGAAACUGCAUUCAACUGAUGAGGCUGUUCCUGUAACUCCAGGGAUACAACUGGUUGAAGUGACAGCCCCUGCUUCAUCUGAAAAUUAUUCUGAAGUUGUUGCUGCCGUAUCAUCUUUUUGCGAGUAUCUUGCACCGCUAUUGCAUUUGUCAAAACCGGGCAUCUCGACUGGGGUUGUUCCAACUGCUGCUGCAGCUGCUGCAUCGCUGAUGUCAGAUGGUGGUGGCGCAACAUUGUAGCCCAUGGGUGAGGGGUCCGUACGCUUGCACCCUGUGUUACUUGGACUCGAGUCGAGCCCCAUGGAUGGGGUACUCUAGUCCAAAACAUAUGGGUAUGGAAGGGCAAACUGAAAAGUUCAAGUAACAUUAAAUGGACCAAUCAUUAAUGCUGUAGACUGAUUUUUGUUCGGAUUCAGUGGUUUGGGAUUGAACUUCGAAUCUUGGUUCUAGCUAAAAUUGGGAUUCAAAAAAAAAAAAAAAGGUAAAAAAUGGGAAUUUAUGGAUUUUUGGGCAGUAUUAGAAUGGGUAUGACCCACUCGUAUUGGUUCCACGA